AUGACUCCAGCAUGGCGGCUCGAUGCACUCAGCCUGGUCAGACAAUGCCUGACGAGGCUCAGCUUCCCAAGCGCUGAACGCAGGAUCGUAGUCUUAGGGAUAGCCACAUCCUCAGAUCGAAGCAGCAACUUUGAUCCUACGUCCGCAAUGUGGGAACCACUCGGAAACGCACCCGUCAACAACGAGCCCUACUGGAAGAGCGCAUCGAAAGAAAGGGAGACGUUCACUAUAUUUUCAUCAUGUCUUAUUACUCUGACCCUUUGCGUCUACACAUCACUCCACCUCAACGUCCCCAAGCAAGGCGUACCUUACUGGCGCUGCCAAUUCUGGAAGAGAGCAUGGUGGGUUGUACUUGGAGUUGCUGCUCCUGAAUAUGUGAUGUCUGGCGGCCAAGCGCAAGACGUGGAGAUGGGCAACAGACGCCCCAGCAUACCGCACGUAAACAUCAGCGGCAUCUCUGGCAGCUUUGGACCGAGGCACCAAUCGAUAAUGUCGAGGAGCGAAAGGAGAAUAAAGGCCAAAUGGCGAGCAGUGCUCCACGGCCCGAGAGAGGCACGCCCGGCGGAUAGAGACCGACGUCAGCCAUCGCAACGAUACCACAAUUGGACCCGGACACACAGCUACUUCGCGCUGAUGGGCGGCUUCGUGCUGAACAAUAGCAAGAUGUCUAUCAACCCCUUCGAUGACGGCCGCAAAUGCAGUACGAUAACAACGUCUACGCUUCGGGCGAUCACACGCGCUAUGCCAUACAGUAUACCCGAUAUUUCGAAAGAGACUAUUCUUGACAAGAGUAAAGCAAAUGGGAUUGGCAAGCUUCUGCUGUGUAUGCAGGUGUGCUGGUUCGGCGCCCAGCCCACGGGACGACUCGCAACAAAUGAUCACCCCUCAGUUUGCUUGAGCUCAACGUGCUGCUCCACGCACUCUGUUUCUUGUUUGUUCUUGGCGUUUGGUGGUUCAAGCCCUUGGACAUCGAAGAGCCCGACUACAUCGAUGUAUCGAAGGCCAGGACCUACACCCUGUACGCGCAGAUGUGUGCAAACAGGCGGCUGUAUUAGAGUAAAUGCAUGUUGGCACGAUCUACAUUGCAACAAAAGCAAGAAAAAGAUCAGACUGUACAGCCGCCAGAGAUGCUUCGGUUUCCACCUGGUUGUCGAAGCGAAAGAUCCGUCCGGCGUCUAUUUCGAGCUGAAGUGGGCCGAUCUCGAAUGUCUCCGGCUGGCUCACGGUUCCUUGUCAGAGCAGCUGGGAAAUGAUCCGUACACGGAUAUCAAGAACUUCCCGCUGCAUGAGAUGUUCGUAGACCACGUGUCCACGCUCAACGCAACCGACGAAUCACUGAAACGCCUGAAAGCCACAGCCACACGAGACGAGAGUGCGGAGGCCCUGUGGAAUCUCGAUCGAGUGGCUACGGCAGGUUUCAUGGCUGCUGCAGCUGUCUAUGGAGGUCUCCAUCUGCUUGCGUGGGAUGUGCCGUCUCUCACGAUAGAGGAACAGUGGAGAUGGCGGAUUGCUUCCAUGAUUAUCGCCAGUCCCAUCGUUGCUGUGCCCAUAUGCCUUCUCUUUCGCCGCGGUGUCUCAGCGUUAAUAAGUCCUUACUCGGGAAAUGCAAGCGUAGCUAGAUCUUGUCUCACCCUGUGUAUCGCAUACCUGGCUGCGAGGUUUUACAUUAUGGUUGAGUGUUUCGUCCAUCUUGCGCAUCUUCCACCUGGAGUGUACAACGUGCCGGCGUGGAGUCGUUUCCUCCCUCAUCUCAGCGCUGGGUGA